GCACACACGAGACAACCGACCACGAUGAAGAUAAUGUAUGCUCUGUUGCCAGCUAUAGGCAUCUUGCCUGCAUUUCUGCCGGAGUGUCUGGCUGCCAACAGCUGGACCGGUGCUAACAACUACUACGUCUACACCUUGCCUACUGGCGAGCAGGAGACACUCUUCCAGGCAAUGAGCGAUGCUGGUAUGAAGGUCCUACGUACUUGGGUCACUGGACUGGACGCUGGACAAAAGGACUCUGAUAACAGUGCCGUCGGCGAUUUAGAGCAUGGAGGACUGGGUAACUACGAUGACCACGUAUUGGACUUGAUCGACCAGACUAUGGUGAUCGCCCACAACUAUGGCGUGAAACUACUCAUCGGCAUGCAUGAUGUCAACGCUUUGGAAGCUGGUGACGCGUACUCUCAAGCUGCCGGCAGUGCAGAAGCUUUCUACACUGAUGAAACGACCAUCGAGGCCUUCAACAAUCGGAUUACCUAUAUUCUCAACGUGCAUAAGCACCAGACCUUGGGUCAACCCUGGUCAGAGCUUGGCAGUUACAUCUUCGGACUCGAGGCGCAGAAUGAGCCCAUGAUCUUUGAUCAGAAUUUUUACACCUCACACUUGGACUGGAUCUGCAACACUGCGAAGCAGAUCCGAGGAAAUGUCGGCAACCCUGACAUGCUCAUCCUUACCGGUGGCGGCUCUGGUUCGGCUAGCGUCCAGUCGACUUUCUUCGACUCGAGUUGUGCAAUCGAUGUUGUUGCCAUCCAUGACUACAACGACGAUUGGGACAACUUCAUGUCCAAUGCGGUGUCUCAGGCUCAGGCUGCCGGGAAAAAGCUCCUCGUAGAGGAGUGGGGAUCGCUCUACAGCUCGGACGACGCUUCCCGCUUGGCCAACUUGGAGAACAAUAUUCAAAAGAUCAACAAUUAUGGGGUCCCCUGGCUCUACUGGGAGCUCAUCACCAACCCCGACCCCCAUUAUGGUCAGGACUAUGAGAUCGAGGUCAAUGGAGCGGACUGGAGCACCCUCGAGUCUGAGUCCAAGUCGACUGCGGGGGUAACGGCGGCAUUUGAUUUCUCCGCUGCCUUGGCUUUGUGACGAAUCUUGAGCCGUCCAGGGCGAGGUCGAAAUGCAAGAGACGGUAGUAGCUAUCAGCUGAGCCUUUCUCUCGGCUGCACAUCGCCUGCUGUUGGUUGGUGGCCUUUGCAUGCAUCGAUUACUGAACGUGUAUCGGGAAGCACCUGAUUUUGAGACGAAUCAAAUGAAGCUGCGUAGCUCA